GGAUUAUUCAAAUUUUUUACCGAUCUUUCAUCUUUAGUUUAUUUAUUCAACAAAACCUUUAACUUUUAGACUGAAAAUAUGGAAACUCCAAGGAAUAAGAAAUACCAAAAUGAAGAAUUUGUGACACCACAGCUAAAAAUGGACUUGAGAAAGGAACUCCAACAAGCAAUUUAUAGAAGAAAUAAUUUAACAAGUCGAUCGAAAAUAAAAGCAAUAAAAUUCUUAGAAAAUUCAUUUGAAGAUGAGGCAAAUAAGUCUGUCGAUUUUGACAGAAGGAACCAACUCAGAAGAAGAGCAAUUGAAGAGAUUUUAACAUCUGAAAAGAGCUAUUUAAACCAGCUAGAGAAAUUAAUGACUUAUUUUGUAAAUCCACUAAAAACGUUAAAUUUAAUUGAAAUUUCUUCACACACAAUUUUAUUUGGACAAUUGGAACUGAUUUACAAUAUUAAUUCAGAACUCAUGACAAGACUUGAGGCAGAUUUAGAUGAUGUUGCCAAUGCAUUCCUUAAACUAGCUCCAUUCUUCAAAAUUUAUAGCGUUUUCGCAUUUGAUUAUAAAAGCUCAAUAAUUUUACUUCAAAAUUUGACCACAAAAAAUGAGCCAUUCAGGCAGUUCCUUGAGCAAAAUGAAUCCCGUCCAGAAGUCCAACAAAAGCUCAAUUCACUCCUUAUUGCUCCAAUCCAGCGUGUCCCAAGAUAUCGAUUAUUGCUCCAACAAGUCUUGCUAUACACAAGUCCAUCAGACAGUGACUAUAAAAUCAUUCAAGAAUCUAUUAAACAAAUUGAAUGUACAAUAAACCACAUUAAUUCUGUUGUCGAGGAUCAAGCAAAUACACAGACAAUGCUGAACAUUCAAAAUUCCCUUGUUAAUCGAAUUCCCCAUAUUGUUCGUCCAAGUCGGAGAUUCAUUAAGGAGGGUAUGUUGUUUAAGUACUCAGCUAAUGGAACUAUGAUGAAACGUUAUUGUGUUUUGUGCUCGGAUAUCUUUAUGUACUGUAAAAUUUUAAAGGACCGAAAACCAGACACUGUCGUUGAACACUCUCUAGACUGCUGCUGCAUAUUUCCACUCAAAAAAUGCAAAAUCAACGAAAUCUUUGCUGGUAAAUUCAAGCUCACAUGCUUAAGUGAAGGCAUUAUCAUGUGCAGUGAGGAUGUCAUAACAGGACGGUCAUGGAUUAAGGCCUUAAAAGAAGCAAUAGACACUCACAUUGAAACCAGAAAAACAAUUAGAAAGGAUUCAAGCAAAAGGACUCCAAUGAGGAAGAAGAAGGACAUGAAGAGGUUUGAGCAGAUGGAAAUGCAGUUGAUGUCACCGAAUGAAAGGAAAAGCCAAUACGACAAAAUUUUCUAUGGAGCAAAUGUGAGCUGUACAGAUAUUGAAUUAGAAAAGGAACAGCACGGAUGCUUUCAUGGCGCUUCACGUCGUCUACUAAAAAGAAAACACUCCGAGACUGAACAAAAUGACGCAGAAAAUGUUGAAAAUAAAUCAAUUUUUACAUCCAUCAAGGAGAAGUUUGGCUUUAAAACGGCAGAAAAUGCGACACGAGCAAAAAAAUCAAUUUUAACAUCAAUCCAUAAUCAAGAUGAUAGUGGACAUUUUACAUCAAAUUGUUGUCACUUUAAGUGACAUUUCUGCAACCUCAUUUAUAAGUUUUAAUUUUAAAUGCAUUCAAAUGAUAAUUUUGAUUAUUUUGUAGGAAUUAUUUUUAUUUUAAUUCGCUGUAAGUUUUUAAAUAAAUAUUCUUGACACCAUGCAU